UUAAAAGAUCUGCAAUAAACUGCAACAAGUUGUGUGUCCAACGAAGAACAUCUAGAAGAGAAAUAGCUAAAGAUGGAGAGCCAGUUGAAUGACGAUUCUGCCUACUUGCAGUCCUUUGAGUUGUUUUUGGAGAAUUCCACGGAACAUCAGAGCAUUAAAAAUUUCAUCCAUACGACGCUCCCAGACAUCCUGGCCAGGAUCGGAGCAGGAGAAUCCACUCUGAAUGUAAUGGGAGUGGGAAGUGGAUCAGGUGAGAUUGAUCUGGAAAUUCUCAAAUUGCUGCAUGAAAAGCAUCCGGACGCCAAAGUGGAGAAUGAGGUGGUGGAGCCCAACAACGCCAUGCUUAACAAAUAUAGAGCGUUGUUAUCAGAGACGCCAGCCCUUAAAGAUGUCACCUUCACAUGGAAUAAAAUGACUGCAGCAGAGUUCGAGGAUGAAUGGAAGAAAAGGAACUCUAAUAAAAAGAUGCACUUUAUUAGCCUGAUUCAGAUGCUGUACUAUGUGAAGGAUCCAGAGGCCACAGUUUCCUUCUAUCGGAGUUUACUGCACAAAGAUGGCAAAAUCCUUGUCAUUCUGGUCACAAGUGAAAGUGCAUGGGGCAGACUAAUGUAUGCCUUCGAAGAUCAGCUGGCCCAGGAAGGAGCUACCCUGCAUGUUACGACUACAGAAGUCAAGAGUUAUCUGGAUUUCAAAAAAAUUCCCUACCAAAGCUAUAAGUUCAAAUCCCUGUUGGACAUCACAGAGUGUUUCACACCUGAAGAUAAAAAAGGAGAAGAAAUACUGGACCUCCUCACUGAGGUGAUCGACUUCAGUAAGACUGCUCCUCCAGAGCUGAAGGAUGGAGUGGUGGAGUUUCUGAAAAAUCCAAUCAACAAUCUUGAAGUGAAUGGCAAGAUCCUGUUUGAUUGUAGCAUGGAGGCCUUGCUGAUUGAUGCAUAGGUCCAAAACAUUCAGAUGCACUGUGCAGAAAAAUACUUGUCCAACUGCCAUGAAAAUGAUGAGCAAUAAGAAAUGAACAAAUAGUUCAGUGUAAUUAAUAAUUCAUACAUCAGGCUGUGACAUCAUUUGUACUGUAAAAUGAAUGAUAUGCAAAAUAUAAAGUAGAAACAAUACAGUGUAUAAAUACAAAAUAAAAAGAACAAACAUUAAUAACAAAUAUUUAUAGACAUGAAUGAAUAAAUGAAUUAAUGAAUGAAUAUACUUAUGAUUUUAUUAAGUAAUUGUUGCAUACCUCAACUUUCAAACAUUGUCACUCAUUGUUUCACAGGAAUACAGUAUCUUUACCACUACAGUAUGUUUGUUUGUUGUACUCUGUCGUGAUGAUACCAAAUAUUAUAACUGUAAUUGAAAAAAAAGGGAUUACAUAAGUAGAUCCAAAUAUACUUUAAUAAAAUCUAUU